GUAAAAAAUUCGUUCAACUCGAGAAACGGUGGUUUUCGUGAGUAAAAAUUUCGUUUAGUCUCGAUUCCAGGCCCACUGUUGAAGGGGCUGGAGUCGAGGCUACUUGUUCAAUAUCAAUGUCUUGACAUUUUCAACUUCCUGUCUGACAUAUGCAAGUUUUCCAGUACACAAGAGAUCUAUGUGUACUGUGCUUGUAUUAAUAGCCCUAAAACUCAUGAUUGAUUUGAACAAGCCUUAAAUUGAAGGAGCAACCAAGCAAAGUGCACCAGUUUUUGGCCCAUCAUCAAGUUAGGACUAACAAAAAGCGACUUUCUAUCCAGAAAUGGCUGAUGACAGCCAGUCAUGUGAUACUCCCCUACACACUGCUGCCAGCCGUGGGAACUUAGAUGAGGUCAGAGAGCUGUUGAAAACAAAGCAAUAUGAAGUGAAUGCCAGAAACUCACACAACCAAACAUCUCUUCAUCUUGCAUGUGCUAAUGGUCAUCUCGAUACGGUUUGGACACUAGCCAAUGACUUUGUUGCUGACAUAGGAGCUAUUGAUAAUGGCGGUAAUACACCAAUGCUUUUUGCUGCUAAGAACAAACAUGUGCAAAUAAUUAUCAUGCUGAAUCUAUUAUCGAUGUGUGGUAAAUGCCUCUCUGAUGGCGUAAGACUGCCAUGCUCAUUCAGUCGUAGUCAGACUGAUUCUCAUCAUGUUAAAAUCUUUGAGGAUAUUUUCUUCGAGUAUUACAAUGAUUCAAAGGCAGUGGAAAAAACUAUGCUAAUGAUAUCCAAAUUCUUUUCUGAUUAUAACGAAUUCAAACAUUUUAAUGAUGAAGGCUUCUUUACACUGCUUGUAGCUGCAUCACUUGGUCUCACAAACUUAAUUAAUCGUUUAGUUUCAGGGGAAAAAAUGGACAUCAAUAUGAGGGGUUUCCAUGGCUUGUCUGUUCUCCACUGUGCCUGUUUUGGAGGACAUGUACUGCUCGUGGAGAGCCUUAUUUCAGAAUAUGGUAUUGACCCUUUGGUAAAAGACAAGAAUGAGCAAUCAAUUUUGCAUUUUGCUGCAAUGGCAGGACAUGUUGAAACAAUGAGGCAUCUGGUAAGUAAGCACAAUGCUGAUAUGGAUUGCACUGAUUAUAAGAAUAGUACUCCAUUGAUGCUAGCUGUGGCAAAGGGUCAUGCACAUGUUUUGGAUGUGUUAGUCAAAGAAUUCAACAACGAUUGUCAUGUUCGAGGUUUCAAUGGCUGCACUCUUCUUCACUAUGCGUGCACUAAUGGCCACAUUGAAUUAAUAGACAAACUGGUGGUGGAAUAUGGCUUCGAUCCAGCAGAUGGAAAUGAUAUUGGAGCCACACCUCUACAUAUUGCAGCCGCUAGGGGAAAUGUUGAAGCAGUGAGACACCUGAUCAGUAAGCACAGUGCUGAUAAUGAUUACACUGCCAAUGACAACAUUACUCCAUUGAUGGUAGCUGCGCUGUGUGGUCAUGUACACGUUUUGGAUGUGUUAGUCAAAGAAUUCAACAGCAAUCUUCAUAUCCAAGAUAUCAAUGGUUAUACUCUCCUUCACUAUGCAUGCAAAGGUGGCCAUAUAGAACUGAUAGACAAACUGGUGAUGGAAUAUGGCUUCGAUCCCACAAAUAGAGACAACAAUGGAGACACACCUCUUCAUAUUGCAGCCGCUAAAGGACGUGUUGAAACAGUGAGACACCUGAUCAGUAAGCACAAUGCUGAUAUUGAUAGCAUAAAUAAUAGCAACAAAACUCCAUUGAUGCUAGCCGUGCUGAAUGGUCAUGUGAAUGUUUUGGAUGCCUUAGUUAAAGAAUUCAACAGUAAUCGUCACAUUUGCUGCGGUAACAAAGAUCGUACUCUCCUUCACCAAACAUGCAAAUAUGGCCAUAUAGAACUGAUGGACAAACUGGUGCUGGAAUAUGGCUUUGAUCCCACAGAUAGAGACAACAAUGGAGACACACCUCUUCAUAUUGCAGCCGCUACAGGACAUGUUGAAGCAGUGAGACACCUGAUCAGUAUGCACAGAGCUGAUAUUCAUUGUACUAAUAAUGACAGUUCCACUCCAUUGAUGCUAGCUGCUUUGAAUGGUUAUAUGCAUGUUUUGAAUGUAUUAGUCAAAGAAUUUAACAGCAAUUGCCAUGUCCGAGGUUACAAUGGUUAUACUCUCCUUCACUAUACGUGCCAGGGUGGCCAUGUAGAACUGAUAGACAAACUGGUGAUGGAAUACGGCCUCGAUUUUGCUAAUAGAGAUGACGAUGGAAACACACCCCUACACAUUGCAGCUAUGAAAGGACAUGUUGAAACAGUGAGACACCUGAUUACUCAACACAAAGUUUUGACUAAACAUUUUGUGAGAAAUAAAGAUGGGAAGACUGCACUUGAUUUAGCUAAAGCCCAGAAAAAUCAGAAAAUGAUUACAAUUUUUCGAAAUCUUAACCAAUUCCAGUCAACUUAUCAGCAACUAGUCAAACUUGCUAAACAAGAGUUUGGUAAUUUAAAGUACCUCACCAGAAUAUUUGUUGUAGGUCAUUCGGAUGCAGGGAAAUCCACGCUUAUUGAGACUAUUAAAAAAGAGAGUUUGAUCAGCUACUUCAGCACAUCAACUGUUGCCCCUCACACUGCAGGCAUUGUUCCAAGUACUUACGACAGUAAUACUUAUGGAAGAAUGAUACUUUAUGAUUUUGCUGGUGAUUCCGAGUACUACUCCUCACAUGCUGCAAUUAUGGAGUCAAUCAACACAUCGAAAGGAAAUAAUAUAUAUUUGAUACUUUGUGACUUGAGUAAAGGUGAAGAAGCUGCUGUCACUAAAUACAGCUACUGGCUUUCAUUUCUAUCAUACAAUAUUAAGCAAUUCUCAAACACGAUUAUUUUACCAGUAGGAAGCCAUGCUGAUGCAACUAAUAAAUCAUCAGUUGAAAAAACAUUACGUGUGCUUGACAGUAUAUCACAAAAAUUCUGUAGCAAUUUCAAGAUUGACCAUUUUCAUAUUGAACAAAGUGUUGCUCUUGAUUGUCGUAAACGAGGAGCUAUAGUAAAUGGCAUAAAAGAACUUACGAAUAGAUUUUCCAAAGUACCCAUCAGACUUUCCUCAGAGACAAGCACUCUCUUGGGAUUGUUGAAAAAAGACUUUGAACAUGUUCCAGCUUGUAAAGUCAGCCUCCUUAUCUCUCACAUUGAAGAGACUGGAAUUCCGCUGCCACUAAAUUCUUCAUCACUUUACUUUCUCAUAAGAGAGUUACAUGAUUUGGGUCUGCUAAUGGUGAUAGAUAGAGAAGGGGACUCCAUUGAAAACCACAUAAUUAUUCUCAAGAUAUCAACAUUCACGUCAGAUGUACACAAUAAACUGUUUUCAAAGUCUGCUAUAGCGGACCUCACCAAGCACAUUGAUCAACUCAAGUUCAGCAUAGGCAUUAUUCCAGAAUCACUACUGGAGAGAGUACUGCCAGAGUACAUCACAAAAGAAAGUCUACUUAAACUGCAGUAUUGUCACGAAAUUGAGAAAUUGUAUGUGGAAAAGGACCACACUCUUUCUCAACUCACAUCUGUACCAGUACCAACAGAGGGUUCCACUAAAGAAAAAUCCCAUUUAUUUUUCCCUGCUCUAUGUGAUCUCAAGCUUGAGGACAUUCAAUGGCCUAAAUCUGAAGGUGAUAAGAUUACUUUGGGGUGGUAUGCUAAAUGUGAUGGUGACAGAUUUGACUUCUUCCCAACACGAUUUCUCCAUGUGCUUAUUGUUAAUCUCUCUCACAACUUUGCACUGAAACAAAGCCUGCCCACAAGACACAGACUCUCCACUACAGCUUCCGAUUCUUUGAUUGCUGAGGUACACGCUGCCAAUCCCCGCUGUCAUGUCUGGUCGACAGGUCUGCAUUGGCUUAUGAAGAACGGAGUGGAGGUAUUUGUUGAUAUGCCUAAAUAUGCUGAUAGUAAGGAACUGAUUGUACUAGCAAGGAGUAACACCAAAAACCAAGUCGAAUGUGCUAUUACUCUACAACUAGUUAUUUAGAACGUAGUUAAAGAAAAAGUUGAAUUCUGUGCUGGUAUAGUUCCUACCGUUUACCUUCUUGAUCCGAGUAAUCUCAAGGAUGAACCUUUUAUAAAUGCUAGAAAUGCACCUAAAUACGC